AUGAAAUCGAAUGUGAUCUGUUCUUUCGGUAUCGACGAUUUUUUUGCCUAUCUCUACUGUAGAUAAUGAUCUCUUACACUCUACGACAAUUGAUGCGGCGAACAUUAACCGGAACUCAAGUGAUCUGAGUUCCAUUGUCUUAAAGGGCGACGCAGAAGUAACUUUCCUCCUCAGGUUUCAUUUUUCCUGCUUUAGAUUCAGUGGCUUCUCCGGUCGGUGGGCUCUAUAGACCUUACAACGCUUGCUGGAGACGAUACGUCAGCAAACGUCGCCAGGUUAUGUGCAAAAGCAAAACGUCCUCUAAGUACUCCAAUACUCGACAAACUAAAUGAAAAGUAUGCCGUCAAACCAGAAGAAGUUAGUAAGUUACCUUGAAACUUCCUUAUUUGACAGGGACUGCCGCCAUUUGCGUAUAUCCAUAUCAGGUUGAGACAGCAGCUAAUUACUUACGACAAAUAGGUGCUCCUGACAUCCCAAUCGCAGCAGGUAUUUACUAACUGCUCUCACAGUUUUCCUCAGUCGCCACUGGGUUUCCAUCGGGACAGUACUCGUUAAAAUCCAGACUAGAAGAAAUAGAUUUCGCUAUAAAUAGUGGAGCAUCUGAAAUUGACAUCGUUAUCAAUCGCACUCUUGCCCUUGAGGGUAGAUGGAAAGGUAUGUCUUUGAUUAUUACUUUUAUGCCUCGUAUGUCGAGUCGAGGGUCGACUUUUUGGCUCUGAAUGUGUCAUUUUUCAUGUUUUUAGAAUUGUUUGACGAAGUA